UACGACUAUCACGUGAACGCGGCAACGGGAGCAGAAACACACAUGUGUUGUAGCGGUUCUUAUUAUACUUCCGCGGUCGUAGCUGGACAAACAUUUAUACAAACGAAUUGAAUCCACAUAACAUUGAAGAAGAGGCGCCACCUACAUCAUGAAUGAUUUUGGAAGCUACCCUCCGCCGAACUUUGUCUCUCCUCCUCCGGGUUCGAUGGUGAGUCCGCCAACGUUCCUUCCACCUCCGAGCAACUUCCAGCCCGGUAUGUGGAACUGGUACGAGCCACCGUCCGAGCCGUGGAGAUACAACGGCCAGGGAGAACACUGGAACUGCGGCCCCGGACCAGGUCGACCCAGAGGCUCAUAUGGCCAGAACUUCCAUCGUGGACACGGAGGCGGAAGGCAGGACUAUGGUCGUCCCAACAACCGUGGGAAAAAGCAGAAAAAUAAAAAAGAACCAGAGUUUUCACAUUUCUGUGACCCGUGUGACCGAGGCUUCAAAAACCAAGACAAGUAUGACCAACAUGUCUCUGAACAUGUCAAGUGCUCAGUUGAAGACUGCAGCUUCACUGCUCAUGAGAAGCUGGUCAACAUUCACUGGAAAAAUAACCAUGCCCCAGGGGCAAAGAGAAUCAAGCUGGACACUCCAGAGGAGAUUUCUAAAUGGAGAGAGGAGAGGUGCAGGAACUACCCGACCCUGGUGAACGUGGAGAAGAGGAGGAAGGUGAUGGAUGCCAGGGAGGAGACUGGAGCGGUGCUGGAAACCGCUCAGUUUGGGAGGAUGAGGGGUAGAGGUUGUGGACAGCGUGGUGGAAGGUUCCAGAGGGGCAGAUGGGCCAGACCAGGUCCUCGUCAGUCAGAGAGACCGCCACACCCCACUCAACCCCCCAUGGAGAGGCCUCCACCCCUCACUCAGUACCCCAGGGAGGGAGACCCACUGGGGGCUCUUGCCAACAGCGACCCAGACUCUGAUACAGAGGAGCCAGUCAGUGGAGGUGGGGUGACUGUGGCCCCUAAACAAAUGACAUCAGGGCUGGGAUCUCUGAUGGCCAGCUACGGCUCCAUGACCGAGAGCGACAGUGACCAGGAACCACAAGUCCUGCCCAUCCAGAGGACCAGUCAGCUGCUGAAGGAGAACCAGGCAAUGCUGAAGGCUCUGCCAGCCAAGCCCCAGAACAGUGCUUCAUCUGGGGCUAAGAGGCUCUACCCUGAGCCCCCCCGGGAACCACAGCCUGGGUCUGGUCCUCAUAGACCUAGUCGGGGGAGAGGAAGAGGAGCGAGAGGAGGACGAAACAACAUGGACACCCCCCAACAGCGCCGCGCCACUCUGCUUGAGAUGUUACUGGCCCCAGACAUCCGCCAUGAGAGGAACGUGCUCCUGCAGUGUGUUCGCUACAUUGUCCGAAACAACUUCUUUGUACUGGAGGGUCAAACUCAGGACCAGCAGGGAACUCUGGGUAGAACGGUGACCGCAGAUGACCCUAACCUUGACCUCCAGACACAGGAAGUGAGAGCAGAUGAUCUGAGGGCUCUACUCCCAGCUACCUCUGUGGUUGGUCCAGAUGAAAAAGGUGACCAGGUGAGGUCAUCACUAGAAGGUACCCAGAAACCACCAGUCUGUCAGGGACCUUCAGAGGUGGACAUUUUGAAUGGUGAAGAUGUUCAUCCUGAGGAGAUGCCAGGUGCAGCCUCUAACGCUGAUGUCAUAACUCAGCUGAACUCUAACCCUGAGGUCCUGGGGACUGUGGCUGAGCAGUCUGUAGCCCAACAAGUGGGAGAAGACCAGAGCAUGGAGGAGAACACACAGAGUGGACCAGCAGGCUCACAGUCACAUCCCCUCCAGGAAACCCCAAUGGACUUGGCUGUGAAUGCUAAUUAUGGAGAUGGUCACCCUGAAGACCACUCCCAGACCUCCAUCCCCAACUAUGAUGAUGAAGUCUGGGAGACCCAAGAACCCUGAAGUCACCCUGACCCUUCAAUCAAGACUAUCACCCUUCAAUCAAGACUGUCACUCUAACCUUUAAAUCAAGACUGUCACCCUAACCUUUAAAUCAAGACUGUCACCCUAACCUUUAAAUCAAGACUGUCACCCUAACCUUUAAAUCAAGACUGUCACCCUAACCCUUAAAUCAAGACUGUCACCCUAACCCUUAAAUCAAGACUGUCACCCUAACCUUUAAAUCAAGACUGUCACCCUAACCUUUAAAUCAAGACUGUCACCCUAACCUUUAAAUCAAGACUGUCACCCUAACCUUUAAAUCAAGACUGUCACCCUAACCUUUAAAUCAAGACUCACCGUAAAAGCAGAUUUAUUCUUGAUCCAGAAAUGUGGUCCGGAGGCUCCGUACAGUUGCGUAGCCUCCGGAGGCUUGCAGAGGCCAACUCAAGCUCCGCAUUGCCGUGCACCUCCAAAUGUUGUAACCAUGCAGAGCUCUGUAUAGCUCCGUUUUUGACAUAAUUGGAUGACUGUAGUUGGGGGCGGGACUUCCUGUAUAAACACAAAAUUCCUUCCUUCACAACAGCUCUGAAGUUUGAAUGCCCUGACUUCUGUAGAGGCCGUAUCGGAUUGGCCAUGCAGAGCCUUUAACCCUGAAAUCAAGACAGUCCCCUUGACCUUUCACCUUGUCUCUGAUGUUGGCGAGUUAUUUCUCUACAGUCAUUUGAUGUUUUCAUCUAAACAUCAACUACCUCUGGCAUUUUAUUUGUACUCUUCUUUUUUUCAACAUGGAAAUAAAUGACUUGUUCUACUGUGGGAAUAUAACCCAGGAAAUCGAUUAGUUCUUGGACCAUCUUUGUCCUUUUUCAAAUCAAAUGUAUUUGUCACAUGCUCGUGUUUAGCAGAUGUUAUUGCGGGUGUAGCGAAAUGCUUGUAAGCGAUGUAUCAGUCUUAUGGCAUGUGGAAGCUGUUCAGGAGCCUGUUGGUGUCAGACUUGAUACAACGGUACCACUUGCCCCGCGGAAGUAGAGACCAGUCUAUGGCUUAGGUGGUUAUAACGGUUCUGGAUGGCAGGGAGCUGGGCCUUUGUUAAGAACUACUUUUGGGGACCUUGUUAACAUUACAACAUGAAAUCCGUGUCUUAAACGUUGCUACGUUUUGUAAAUAGCAAAGAAAACGUGUAAUCUGCUUGACCAUAUUAAAGUUCCUUAUCUCACA